UUAAGAUUUGUCUGCACUGGGUACUUUUACUUGUUAUACUCUAUUUUCCAGAUAUUAAAGUGCUAUUUUCACUGCCGAGCUUUUACUUGAAACAGAAUAUUUUCACAGGGUGGUAUUAUUACUUUUAAUCGAGUAAAGAAUGAGAUUGCUUUUUUCACCACCGAUUGCAUUUUCAAAUACUCAACACUGUGUAUUGAUUUGAUUUUCAACUAAUUGAUGACUUUUUGAAGCUAUUUUAUUUUGACAUAUUUGGCCGGAUGUGUCGUCGUUUAUGCUAAUUGCGUUGACGCGGUGCAAUAAAGCGGCGCAGCAGCGGAGAUGAAGGUAAACUUUCCCCACAUGGCCGGUGGGAAGCGCACAACCACCCCGGAUUGUCUUGCGAGUGAGUCCUGUGCAACAAAAGAAAGUAACUCAAAACCCGAAGAAAAAAGGAAUAAACCAUCGCAGUGAAACAACGGAGAGAAACGAGAAAUAAUUUAAUAUACCACAUUUUACACAAACUUUUCAACAGGUAACUAAAGUUUAUAAUAUUCUCCCACGGCUGAAAAAGAAAGCUGGGAGACACAAAAUGCGGAGCGGCUGAAAGACGCGUUAUCUAACGUUAAAACGAAGCUAGUUUUAAGGUUUUUCACCACAUUGACGCGAAGAAAAGUAGCUGAAAGAGACACAAAGUGCUUCAGGCACAGUUAAAUGGAGCCCCAGUUGUUGUGCUGUGAGGGGGACAGGCCUGCCAUCCGGAGGGCCUACCGGGACUCCAACCUGUUGACUGACCGGGUCCUGCACGCUCUGCUGCGGGCAGAAGACAAGUACCUGCCCGCUGCCAACUACUUCAAAUGCGUCCAGAGAGAGAUAGCUCCGUACAUGAGGAGGAUAGUGGCUACCUGGAUGUUAGAGGUGUGUGAGGAGCAGAAAUGUGAGGAAGAGGUGUUCCCUCUGGCUAUGAACUACAUGGACCGCUUCCUGUCUGUGGAGCCCACCAGGAAGAGCCACCUGCAGCUGCUGGGAGCUGCCUGUAUGUUCCUGGCGUCCAAACUGAAGGAAACGAUCCCGCUGACUGCUGAGAAACUCUGCAUCUACACAGACAACUCCAUCACGCCUUCACAGCUGCUGCAAAUGGAGCUGCUGGUUUUGAACAAGCUGAAGUGGGACCUGGCUUCAGUAACCCCUCUGGACUUCAUCGACCACUUUCUGUCUCAGCUGCCUGUCCGGAGAGAGAACCGGCCCAUCCUCAGAAAGCACGCUCAGACGUUUGUGGCUCUGUGUGCCACAGAUGUUAAAUUUAUUGCCAGCCCUCCGUCGAUGGUCGCAGCGGGCAGCAUGGUGGCAGCUGUGGAGGGUCUUCAGAUGAGAAUGGCGGGCAAUGCCACGAUGUCGCAGAAACUGACGGAGCAGCUGGCGCAGACCAUCAGAAGUGACCCGGACUGUCUCAGGGCGUGUCAGGAACAAAUCGAGUCGCUGCUGGAAACCAGUCUCAGACAGGCACAACAGCCACAGUACUCCGUUACCAUGGAAACUAAGAACCUCAGUGAGGGGCAGGACCUCUCGACUACACCCACAGAUGUGCGGGACGUAAACAUCUGAGUGUCGCCGGUCGUGCUGCCGGGCGAGAAAAGAGGAGCAGGUCCAACUGGUAAAGCGGACGGUCAUCUUUGACAAAUACAAAAACACACGCGGCUGUGUUUGACAUGUUGUAUUUUGGAGUCCGGGAUGAACUGUGGCGACGACUGGAGGGCGAUGUGGAAACCAUCACAUCCGGUUCAUCGACAACCUCAAGACUGUAAUUCAGCUGAAGAAACGGCUGAAGACUGAUGUCUGAUGUCUGUUGGCCUUUUCUUAAGACUUUGAAGUCCUUUCUGUCUCCUCCCAAACUGACACUGUGUCGCCGAAAAGACUGAAACCAGCUGAUGCAUUCAGGCGUCCCCGGGCCUGUAUUUAUCAAAAGUUUAAGAAUGACUCUAAGAAAAGUAAUUUGGGAUACACAUGAGACAGAUUUCUCACGCGACCCACUCCUCCUGACGGUGACGCUUUUGGAGCAAAUUUUUUUUCAAGUGACUAAAUAGAAACAAAAUCCUCCUUUCACAUUACAUGUCGAACAUAUUCAUUCUCUCAUUUUAAACACCAGAAGGUGUGAGCCAGUUUAAGAGACCUUUCUUAAAUUUAAGAGCAUUUUUAAGUCGUAAUAUUUAACCCUUUGAAACCU